AUGUCUGUCGAUCACCCAAUCCAUCCUGCCACCGUCCACUGGCCCUUGGCCUUCCUGACCACCGCCUAUGGCCUCGACGCCCUCCAUGUGGUCCGCCCAUACAUGCCUUCCACCUUGACCAGCUACCUCCCCACCGUCGUCGAAACAACACGAAUUGGCUACUGGGCUCUUGGUCUCGGCGUCCUUACUGCUCUCCCUUCCGCCGCCUCAGGAAUCGCACAAGCUGCCAAGAUGGUUCAGGCACAAGGUCUUUAUGAUCAAAACGGAAAGAUGAAGGCAAAGGCCAAGGUCCUGGUUGCACACGCUCUGAUCAAUGAUAUCGUCAUCAUUGUGUCGGGUUGGAUUUGGUACAAGAGGAGGAGUGCGAGCAGUAUGGAGUACCUCAAGGAAGGCUUGAACCCUAUGGCCUGUGAGCCGCAGACUUGGAUGGUGGGUGCCAGUCUUGUGCUGGGAGCUAUGUUGCUCUUUGGUGCCAACUUGGGAGGUACUCUGGUCUAUGACUAUGGUAUGGGUCUGUCCAUGGGCAAGAAGGUCAUCAAGAAGAACGAGUAG